AUGCUGACCCUGCAAAGCUCCCCCGCCUUUCCAUGGGAGGAAGAUAUGAACGCGGAGAAGAGGGAAUUCGCAGAGUCGCUGGACACAAAGGACUCUCUUGCGCAUUUUCGAGAGCAAUUCAUCAUCCCAACGACGCAAGAUUUGACUAGAAAAACGAUCAUCCCCAGUGCGAAUGAAGAUAAAUCCACUUACUCGCGAUGCACGUAUCUCUGUGGCAAUUCUCUGGGUCUCCAGCCGAAGAGCACCCGAACAUAUGUUGAUAGGUUCCUGCAAACCUGGGCCACGAAGGGGGUGUUGGGCCACUUCACGCCACAUGAAGAUGAGCUCACAGCUCCCUUCGUCGAUAUGGAUACAAGGGCAGCAGAUUUGAUGGCGCCAGUCGUGGGCGCCCUGCCGAGCGAGGUAGCCGUUAUGGACACGUUAACGACGAACCUGCAUCUGCUCAUGGCGAGCUUCUAUCGUCCAACGGCGGAGAAAUAUAAGAUUAUCUUGGAGGGGAAGGCGUUUCCUAGCGACCAUUUCGCCGUUGAAUCCCAAAUCCGACACCACAACCUGGAUCCCAACGAUGCUAUGAUCCUCAUUGAGCCAGAGGACCCCUGCAAUCCACUGCUCUCCACUGAAAAGAUCAUCUCUGUCAUCAAUGCCCAUGCUGCAAGCACUGCCCUAAUCCUUCUACCAGCCAUCCAGUAUUACACCGGUCAAUACUUCGACGUCGCAAAAUCACCGCCCACGCACACUCGAAGAACAUUGCCAUUGGCUGGGACUGCGCGCAUGCUGCCGGCAACGUCGAGCUGA